ACACUCACAAAGGCGGUGAAUAUGGCACAGGUGAAUGUCGGCAAUGCAGAGCAGGCGGCUUUGGGUGCACAGCAGGAGCAAUCUGAAAAGACGCAAUUGUUUGAGGCUGCAAAAACUCGUGUCGAACAGUUGCUAGGUCAGUUGAGCGUGGCGCGCAGUGAUUACUCGAAGACGAAAGAUGCCGCUAUGAAAGCGGCGGCUGCAGCGCAUGAGGCGAAGCAAAACGCAAAUCCUGCAGGACGUUGUUCUCGAUCGCUAGCUACAGCUCGUUUGAUGGCCAAACGUCAUCGGCUAUUGGGGCAUAGGAUGAGACAUUGA